GCGGCCGACGACUGAGGCUAACCCGUCUGUGGCUGUGACGAUCGCGGCGAGAUAUAGCGAGGAUAAGGGGAGGGACACGCACUUCCAUCCCAUUCGACCAUCUCAUUCCGCAUUCCGAUUUCCCCACACGACGCCGGCCGCAGUUCCUCACCAACCUCCUGAGCGAGCCAAGCGCUCUCUCCGUCGAUCGUAUGGUUCCCAUGGUCACCGAGGCGUGGACGCUCGCCGGGUGCGGCGGGGCCGCGGCGUCCAAGCCUUUGCCGGCUCAGGACGUCCCCGUGCUGCUGCAUCCUACCGCCAAGAAACCCGCCUCGUCGAGAGCGGUGGCCGUGGCGAAGAGCGCAGGCCAGGAUGGCCGGCGCGACGCCGCCGUCGUCGGGAGGCGCCGGGGCAUCGCGUCGUGCCUGCUGGCCGCGCUCGCGCUGGCCGGCUCCUCCUCCGCCGGCGGCGCCGCGCGGGCCGCCAUCCUGGAGGCCGACGACGACCUGGAGCUGCUGGAGCGCGUCAAGGAGGACAAGAAGAAACGGCUCCAGAAGCAGGGGAUCAUCAACUCCUCCGCCGCCGAGACAGGGUACUUGCAGGACCUGGUGUACAAGCUGAGCAAGGUGGGGCAGGCCAUUGACAAGGACGACCUCGCCGCCGCCGGCGACGUCCUCGGCCCCGCCUCCGACGCGCCGUGGGUGCAGAACGUCAAUGCAGCUUUCUCCAAGUUCAGCUCAAGCACCGAGGAGAAGAGUGCAGUGGACAGCUUCAACUCCUCGCUGUCCUCCUUAUUCACAUCAGUGAGCAAGAGCGACAUCAACUCGUCCAAGUCGGCGUUCGUAUCGUCAGCGACGGCGCUGGAGAAAUGGGUGGAGCUGGCCGGACUCACCGGCAAGCUCAAAGGCUUCUGAAUUUUCCGAGACAACUGAAUUGCUGUCUGACGAGUACAUACCUACCUACCUACCUGGAGAUGAUGUUUUCCUUCAAGCGCUGGCUUGAUGUUGUUCUCCAUGCCACUGAUACAUGUAUCGAUUCUAUCAUAACCACGGCUUCGACGGAAGAACAAUCUGUUAGAAUCACAAUUCCCGCUGUUUUUCUUCCCCUUGUUGAGAUGUAAGACACUGUUCGUGUCAAGAAAUUGUUUGCAGUGUAUUAGGAUAUUAAGCAAAAAUAAAAAGUUUCUCUA